AUGGGCGCCCUCGAAGCGAAACUCAUCCAAUCUUUCAGUUUUAUAGCAAUUCUUACAAACAUUCUAUUAGCAUACCUGAUAAUCUCGCGUUCCCGAAAGGAAAUGGGCAAUUACCGAUACCUCAUAUUAGCUUUCACGCUCGUUGGUCUCCACUUCACGCUCCUAAACUUGAUCCUGGUCCCGUUUGUCGACAUCUACAAGCACGCGUUCGUCUUCUACCCGGUCGGCGAGCUACGCGAAUGGCCGAACCUGAUGCAAUACGCCUUUUCCUAUUGGCAUGCUAAUUAUGGGUCGGUAGCCUUCAUCCUCGUCCUACAAUUUGCAUAUCGCUAUGGGAGCCUGGUGAAUCAAAAGUUAUUGCGCUACUUUUGUUUGCCCAAGAUUGGAUAUGUUUUGGGUAUACCGAUUCAAUUCAGAGAAUACCUGCGCGAUAGGGUUAUGGAAGUUUCCGGGUUUCCGGUAGAUGGGCUGUUAAUGGUCAAGAAUCUCUACGUGAGUAUCGACACAAAAUCAGCA